CCAUUUAGACCAACCGUCCAAUUUCCUUCCCCAUCAUCAAAAGUAGCAUAACAUCUGUAGAAUGGCGUCUGCGUUUUCUUUUGGCAUUUCUCAAACUACAUAUAUACCGUUAGAACAUUUUUGAUAAAAAAAUCGGGUGUGAAGAGUCGCGAGGCGACUUGGGCUGGUAAUUCUGGAGAGAGAAGAUUGAGAAAUGGAGAUGGAGAAGACUGAUGAGUGUUUGAGGAGGAAGAAAUCAGACGAUGCGAGCGCGGCAAUUGCAGCGAAGCUCUUACAGGGUUGGGCUCUUUUAAAUGAUUAUUGUCCUCAAUGCAUUAAUCCUCUCCUUCGCAACAGAGAAGGAAGGAUGUACUGUGUUGGUUGUUCCCAGUUUGUCAUAAGAGAGAGUGAUGCACCUGCUCCAGUUUUGGAAAAUCCUGUGGACAGAUCUCAAAUUCCUAGGGAAGCAGCAACUUUAAAUGAUUCUGCUAUUCAAAAUGGGUACAUGGGCAAUGCACAUGGAAAAAUGACGGCCUCAACUCCUGUUCAACAAGUGGAGCCUUCUAAUGUUUCUACAUUCAUUUCUAAUGGAUUACCAAAAGCUGAUAAUAAUGGGUCAAUGAGAAGAAAUGAUGGAUAUCAACCUAAUGAAGAAUCUGGCAAAAUGAAAUCUUUGUUCUCUAAAGUAGACCUGCCAUCAAACAUAAGUGCGGUGCUUUCACAAACAUUGUGUACUCUGGUUCAGAAGAUUGAGGAAACAUCGAAGUUGAUUGCAGUCACUCAUGAUCCUCUGGUCAUAAAACAGUUGCUCGAGAUAAUUGAACAUUGCAUUCAGGUGAUGCAACAAAUAACAACUUUCUCUAGCAGGUAGAGUUAUAUUGUGGUACUGAGGUGUAAUGGAGGUUGAAUUAGAGUUUCUGGCAGAGGCUUACAAUCAGGCAGGGUCCUGUGUUUGUGGUGGCCUAUAAUUAAUAUCUACAAAAUUUGUUGUCUAUUGUGCAUGAGCUUAUUGUCAUUACUUAAAAGCGAAGUUGAUUUUAUUGCCAUCACUAACCUGAAUGUAUUGUUUUGUGGAUCUUCUUUCCUCAAUUGACAUAUUCUCGCUUGUGAGUCGUGUGGUUUUUUUAUCUUAUUAACUGAUAUUAGUUAGUAAGGUUCCUUGUUACAAUUUUCUUCAUAUGAUUAAUGGCAGUUUCUAGCGAAACGUCAUCACAUCAACUGAAGUUGAUUAAUACAUUUAAUUCUUUCUCUGAAGAAGCAUUUGCCUGUUAUAAUGUGGUUA